AUGGAAAUUUUGAAUCGAACCGAGAUCAAUGAUUUUGCAACUUGGAGUUUAGAGGAAGGAAUCAUUAAAGUGGUUCCGAAAUCUCUUUACGACAGAAGAUAUAAUUUGCAGGGUUUGAUCAUGAAGGCUGUUAUAGUUCAGGAUUCACCGUUCAUAAAUGUAAAGGACGACGACAAAUUGGAUGGCGUAUUCGGUAAAAUAUUCAGAGAAUUAUGUGCGACUCUCAAUUUUAGUUUCGACAUAGUCUCCGAAGUAGAAGAGUACGGAAGUUGGAAUCCUAAAGAAAAAACUUGGUCCGGAGCAAUGGGAGAAUUACAUGCUGGUCGUGCUGACAUUUCUAUUUCAGAUUUUUCUAUGACCAGUGCCAGAUUAAACGUCGUCGACUUCACGUUUCCACUUUUGAUCUCAAGAAACAGACUAUAUAUCCAAGAACCACGGGCAUUCGCGAUUGGAUGGUCGUCUUAUUUUCUAGCUUUCUCUCGUUCGGUUUGGAUAGCCAUGUUUGGAGUAUUGGUUCUUGUGACGAUCUUAUUAAUAUUUGUCAAAAUAAAAAAUGGAACCAAUCGUAACAUAGGACAUUUAUUGUCUGAUGUUAUUUUAGAAAUUUGGGGUAUAUUAUGUCAACAGGGACUACCAGUCUUUCCUGAGAGAUUAUCGUUAAGAAUACCAUAUAUAUCAAUAUUUUUUAUGUCAUUGAUCUUAUUGUCCGCUUAUUUUGCGGCUUUCAUUAGUUUUUUAACGUCCGGUAUCCAUAUUUUACCCUUUAAUUCAUUAGAGGGUUUCACUGAAGACGGUACUUACCAAUUAGCUGUCUCUCGUGGUACGUCUGAUUAUGAUACAUUUGCAAAUUCAAAUGAUCUUAUUUCAUAA